AUGUUUGGCGUGACGGUGCUGGCCGUGACGAAAGUCGUCGUUGCUAUCUGCAUCGGUGCUUUUGCAAGCCAACGGAUUCCGAAUGCAUCUGUGACCGUCCGCGACUUUACGUUUGUGAUUGCCAACAUUUUGCUGCCGUGUCUUACGUUUUAUAACGUCGCAUCGUCCGUCAAUGCGGAGUUACUCAUCCGCUGCUCCGUUCUCUUCCUUUUCUCGCUGUUUGUCAUUGGGAGUGGGCUGCUUUGCGGCACAGCGGCAUCGAAGUUAAUGUUCCGCGUGAGUUGCAGCGGGAUCCCUCACGGGCUACGGGACUCCCUGCGUUACACACUCAUCUACCAGGACGCCGAGGGACGUCACGUAAAACGUGCGGCGCGAGGUCGACGGCACUCGCCAUCACUCAAACCGGUGGUGUGCGUUCUGGUGAGUGGCGCAUUGGAGACGCAGCAAGUGGAGCCGGAGGAGGUGCUGCCGCUUCUUGAACCACCCGGUGUGGAAUACGAGGAGCAGCCCUUUUACCAAUACGCAUCGCUGAUUGCAUGCUCCCUGCAGAACACUGUCACCCUCCCCUUGUCGCUGUUACAAGCACUGGCCGAGUCACUAGCGUGGAUUGAUCUCGCUGCAGGCACGUCGUUUAUCUUCAUUUACAGUCUGUCCACUACCGCGUCUCUCUGGGGCUUCGGGCCAGCGUUGGUUGAUCGUGCCCAGAAGGAAACGAAUAAGCGACGGAAGAUACGUGAGUUGCUGGAGCUCCACAAGAAACUGCAGGGGUGCUGCGAUGUCGCCACACAAACGGAGGUGAAUGAGGAAUUCUCAUUAAUAGCAUCACCAAUUGGGUUGAAUGCGCCCCCCUUUUUAAGCGGAAAACAACCCAAUGCGAAAUUCCUGUCCACGAUUCGAGAAGCCGCAUCCAAAAAGAUUCUCCACGAAGAAGAGGGAGAAAAGAAUGCCUCUAAGAUGAUGGCUGCAGCGACCGCACACAGCACCGGCGAGCAGACGGAUAUUCCGCCAGGCGCAUGGCGCUGGUGCCUUGCCGCAGCCCCGGCCACGGUUGAAACUUUCCAUUAUAACUGGAAGGAACGUGGCCUCAUUAGGGUGAUGUACGCACGCGACUUUGAAGAUGAGGCCGAGGCGGAACGUCAAAAAAGAAAUACCUUUUUUCCUUUUUUGCGUGCUUUAAAGAAUAUUGGCGUGCGGCUCUUCAAGACGGUUGCUUUUACAUCCUUAAUUGCUGGCUUAGUUGUUGGUUUGAUCCCGCCGCUGCGAUGGCUGCUGUUUGAGGGGCCGCUUUCGAUGUUAACAGACUCCAUCGCUCUUGUGGCACAGGGGUCUAUUCCUUCCUCGCUACUGUUGUUGGGCGCCAAUCUCGUGGGGAGCACAAGUUUGACAGCACCGGCGCCGGAGGUUCGGCUUCGCGAGGCUGAGCAAAACACGGAAUUUCCGCUUGAUGACACGUCUGCGGAUCCAAAGGACACGGAGGAUUACAACGAGCGACAUGAAGUGAUUGAGUUUGACGAGCACGCGUCGUUUACGUUGAUGAGUCUGCAGCAGCAGCUGCAACAGGCGCCGGUUGUUGUGUCUACGGCGACGUCGUCUGAGAAUUCCACGGCAGACUCACCGGACACGUUUUUUUCCGGUAACGGAUGGAUGAGUGCCGUGCGGCGUGUCUUUGCGUUGCAUGGUGUUUGGAAGAGUUUUGUGUUUGGCAUCAUCUUCAUUCGACUGCUGGUGAUUCCCGCGGCGGGGUUUUCACUUGUGCUGCUGCUGCGGAGGACGGCCCCUUCAUUGUUUGGGGAGAAGCGGGAGCAAAACGUUUUGAUUCUCGUCCUGCUUGGCGAGUUGGCUGCCCCCACGGCAAUCAACGGUACCAUCCUCUUCAACUCCCGGCAGUACAUGCCAGGCGUGUGGUCGAGGAUGCUGUUUUUUCAGUACCUCAUCUGCACACUGACGAUUGUACUCUGGUGCAGCCUCUCGCUGUGGAUCGUCACGUAA